AUUUCCAACUGCAAACACAAGGCGGAGAAAACACAUCCAGCACACACGAAAUAAGACCUGCAGACUAUUUGUUCGCGUUUGUUUUGAGCGGACGACAUUUAAUGGGCAGAUUUUAAUGUAACUCUCCAGUUUCCAUGUAAGGAUUUUAGUUAAAUGUGGCUUUUUGGUGCCCGGAGGGGCCACGAUGUUACGGGUGUGUGGUCGGAUCGUGUUUUGUGCUGAAGGGCUGCUAGUGGAAGUGUAGUAUUGUAGCGGCUGGAUAGUAAUUCUGCUCCGUGUGUGAGAAAGGGAAGAAAGGAGGAUAGCUGGUAGUGGAGUGCCGCUGGGUAGGAAAACGGUACUUUUUAUUCUUUCUGUUCGUACAUUCCGCCCAUUUCCACCUCCUUAUCCUGGCGAAAGGCUGAACGGUUAAAAUGGAGGCGGACAGAUCCGGUGGAGGACCAAACCCGAACUCCGGAGGCGGCAGCGGAGCGGGGCGCAACCCGAACGGGCCCAAAGCAGCACCGGGCCAGGCGACAUCAGCUGCGGCUACCGGAGCGAUGGCAGCGGCGGCGGCGGCGGCAGCGGCGGCCGGGGCCAUCCCCGGGUCGCUGCAGUCUCGGGAACCGCAGGACGGGGACGCGGGUAUGACGCUUCCCGGGAUUCUGCACUUCAUCCAGUACGAGUGGGGACGUUUCCAGGCCGAGAAAUACCGCUGGGAGGCUGAGAGAGACGAACUCAGGGCUCAGGUGGCGUUCCUGCAGGGUGAGAGGAAAGGGCAGGAGAACAUGAAACAGGACCUGGUGAGGCGGAUCAAAAUGCUGGAGUACGCCCUCAAACAAGAGAGGGCUAAGCACCAGAAGCUGAAGACGGGAAACGACCAGAGUCCUGGAGACAAGAAACCAGAGACGGAGGCAGAUCAGCUUCCCAAUGGGCCGGCUGAGUCAGACUCUGAGCCAGCCAAUCAGAUGUCUUGGAAGGAGGGACGUCAGCUACUACGCAAAUAUCUUGAGGAAGUGGGUUAUUCAGACACUAUACUGGACAUGCGCUCUAAGCGUGUGCGCUCCCUGCUUGGACGGAGCAGCCCCGAGGCUAACGGUCCCCCGCCCAGCGAAGGCUGCCCUGAGCCUGAGCCACGGGCAGGUGGAGAGUCCCUGUUGGUCAGACAAAUAGAGGAACAAAUUAAAAGGAACGCAGGCAAGGAAAGCUCUAAGGAACGUGUUGGUGGGUCAGUGCUGGAUAAGAUCCCCUUCCUGCACGGCUGUGAGGAUGAUGAUGAAGAUGACAGUGACGAGGAAGAUGACUUCCAAGGAAUGGCCACUGACUGCAUUGAUGGUCCCCGCAAAAGCAAAAAGUCUCGUGUAAAGAUGGGUUCGGAGCCUAUGACCACAGAUCUGGACCCGGAGGACGAGGAGGACGAAGACGAUUCGGAAGAUGCCCUCAGUGAAUUUGACUUCCUGGGCUCAGGGGAGGAUGGGGAGGGGGCGGGAGAGGCCCGAAUCUCGGGGGACGGCCGGGAGUUAGAAAACCGCAGGAACAAGUUACAAGGCAUGAUGUCGGAUUUCCCCCCUAAACCUACCCCGCCCCCCUCUGUAUCAGGACAGGCUCGCUCUGGGGAAGGUGGCGCCCUCGGUUUUUCAUCUGAUGUCUUCAUUAUGGAUGCUGUUGGAGGAGGGGACAUGAACUUGGGUGAACUGGCUGAUCUCACUGUUGCCAAUGACAAUGAUCUCUCCAUGGAUAUGCAGGAUAACAGAGAGGAGUUUAAGAAGACAUGGAACCCUCGUUUCACACUACGCAGCCACUUUGAUGCCAUCCGUGCUUUGACCUUUCACCCCAACCAAGCCGUGCUGCUCACAGCCUCUGAGGACGGUACACUAAAACUGUGGAACCUCAACAAGGCCAUGCACUCUAAAAAGAAUGCAGCUUUGGAUGUUGAGCCCAUCUACACAUUUAGAGCACACAGUGGGGCUGUUCUGUCACUGACGAUGGGCGAGGACGGAGAAUCCUGCUACAGCGGAGGUCUGGAUGGAACUGUCAGGUGUUGGAAGAUGCCAGACCUUAAUGUGGACCCAUAUGAUAACUAUGAUCCCGGCAUUGAGAGCAGUGCACUAGCAGGCCAUGAGGACAGCGUCUGGGGUCUGACCUACUCUGCAGUUCACCAUCGUCUUGCCUCCUGCUCAGCCGACGGCACCAUUCGCAUCUGGGACCCUCAGAACUCGUCUCCCUGCUUGUCCGUCUUCAACAAAGAGAGAGAGCACGGAACACCCACCUCUGUGGCCUUCGUGGCCACUGACCCCAACCAGGUGGUGGUUUCAUUUGACGGUGGUGAGACGCUGCUAUACGACCUCAACACAGAGCAGAGCGUCACUGCGCUAGAGACACAGACCAAAGAUGGCAGUGAGCUGAUCAACCGUGUCGUCAGUCACCCAUCUGAGCCCGUCUCCAUCACUGCACAUGAAAACCGCACCAUCCGCUUCCUAGACAACAAGACAGGAAAAGUUGUCCACUCAAUGGUGGCUCACUUAGAUGCAGUCACCUGUCUCACUACAGACCCUAAAGGCACUUACCUCAUCUCUGGCAGCCACGACUGCUCGGUGCGCCUAUGGAUGCUGGACAACAGGACAUGCGUGCAGGAGAUCACUGCCCACAGGAAGAAGCAUGACGAGGCCAUUCAUGACGUGGCCUUCCACUCUUCCCAGCCCUUCAUUGCCAGCGCUGGCGCAGAUGCACUUGCCAAGAUUUUUGUCUGACAGCACUGUCGUCAUUCUGAGUCCUACUACCACACCUGGGCCAAAAUAGACUGAAGACUACAGUGGAUGAAUUUUACCUGCUUACACACAGACACACACUCACCCACACACUGUUGUCCUGCACCCCACUGGCUGGGUCAUCGCCACAGGACGCCGCCUCCCUCCACCUCGAUUCCUUGCUGUUCUCUGAUGCCUCAGUGACUUCUUGUAAUACUAAUCACAUCUUGUAAUGCUUUUUUAUAACUUUAAAAUCCUGGCUACUCUGUUUUCAAGUAAUCAUGUUUGGAGUAACACUUUUCUACACUACAAUACUCUGUUCCGCUUUUUUUCAGUCUGCCAACGGUUAGAACAAAUUACCUUGUGUGUGCGUUUUUUUUGCGCUUCAGCCGCUGACACACUACCCACACUUCAUGGAAAGAACCAACACUGACACUGCACACAAUGCACAAAUGCACCGCCGCAUUUCAUUUUAGAUCUUUUUUUUUUUUUUUAAAUAGUUGAGUAACUGCUUGUGGCUAACAUAAGUGUGUAGGCAUGACUUAAAAAGUAACUGCUCCCAGUAUUGACAGAAAACACCUGACCCGACCUCUACAUUGGGAAUCAAUGUAUUACAUUCCAAAGACUCCAGGUAGGGUGUGUGUGGUGUCAUAUGUGGGGUUGGAGAAUGUUUAGCUUGUGUGUGACGUGAGGAAGCACUAGACAGUGGCUAACCAGUGUUGAACAAAUAGCUUUAAUUUCAACGUUGACACAGAGUCCCAAUGUAAGUCUGAGUAUUGUAGCGUUCCCACGAUUCUGCUUGUAUUUGCGUGUGUGUGAGACUAAAUGUCACUUUGCUGUGCCAGAUAAAUGAACAUAUUCCCACAAUCCAUUUCUACAGAUGUGCAGUUUGAACUCGACUGUGCAAAUUGAUGUUCUCGCACCACACAAAUGAGUACGAUGUUAAACUCUAUGGACUACAUUGGUUGUGAGGCUGGUCUGUAUUCUCUCAACAAAUGGCACCGAUUGUGUUGUUUGGUGUUUUUACUGUACAGAAAAGUGUGAAUGCAUGUGUGUGUGUUUGUAUAUGCACUAGUUAAAUCACGGUGCUAUGAAAGACCUUGUCAGUCUUGAGUCAGAAUCAGGGACCUGUUUUGUGUGUUCGUGUGAGAAAGAGAGACUGUGUUUCUCACUCAUUGGGCUAUAGAUGUACAUCAAGUGAAUCACCUUUUUAAGUGACAUUUAAUCGUCGGAUCAUUUCAUUAUCUGCGGUCACGUGUCAAAUUAACGGUCACUGUUAAUGUUUCUCAUUAGAGGAAUGUGUAUAAUGUCGGCCUCAAUUGUUUCAGGCUUGAGGGAGUGUAUAGAGCUGAUAUCGAUGUUAAAGCGAGGACCACCAGGACUGAAACGUUUUUUUCCUCCGAUGAGAGAUUAUCUCUUUUUGAAGUUGCUGUUCGGUUAUGGCAUAUUUUUUCAGGCUUUCACAAAAGCUUGACAUCACCUUCAUUUGUGUGCCGAAGUGACGUUUCCUCUGCAUCAGUUGCAGGAGCAGCACAUUAGCCCGAGAGCUAACGUGUGAAGCUGGACUCCUCUUUCUAAAGAGGAAUGCUGUGAGGGAGGGGAAUCAUUUUUUGGUCAUUUCAGAAUGGAAAGAAAGUAUUAAUUUAAGAUGUGUGGAUGUCAGCUGACAACACUGACAAUUCAACACCUAAUCUGUCUUGGUUGUGUUAUGGUUCUGCUGUUUUGGAUAUAACCCUGAGAACAUUAGGACUAAGUGGAAAGCUUCCUCUUUUGAGACACCUCACAUCUAUCUCUGUUUGUGUUCUGCAUUUAUAACCACAGGACGAACAUUUCUUUGCUUUAGGUCAAAGGUGCCCUAUUUAACGGUUAAUUUUAUGUUUUUAUUCCGAGAAAGACUGCUUAAAUCUGCUGUUAAAUCAGUUGUUUUUGGGGCAUCCUCCACCUCUUUUAGACUACAGGCUCACACUAGUGGCCAGUUGAAAGUAGCCUAGAAGUAAACACUCCUUUCCAAAUCACUGGAGACACUAGCGAUCAUAUUUCAUCUAUAUAUAUUUUUUCCAAACAGGGUGGUGUGACUGUUGUUUGACAUUAAGAUGUCACUCUGCUGUUGCUUUGACAUGAAUCUGUCAAAGAAAACAACCAGGUGCAACUGCAUUAUUGUACUGCUGCUGGGCAUAACGUCCUGUUAUCACGUUUAACUACUAUUUGGCUCCAUGUUGCACUACGUCUUGAAGUGCAUGCUUUAGGUUAGGAGUGGGCAGACAGGGUGCAGAAAGUAGUAGCAAAUACUACCAGGGUGGAACCUGCUGUGGCUCACAGUUAUUUGAUAAUUAGAGUUACUGAUAGCUGACUGAUGCUUUUUUUUCACCCUGAGCCACUAUGUUCCCUCUGAAAAUAAAGACAAAUCAGUAUGACACAUCAAAAAAGAAAAAGAAAUUGAAAUAGAGGUUGUAAAUGAUGACUAGAGUUGCCAUUAUGUGCUGUAAAUGUCCAUCAUUUCCUUGUUUUCUUUCUUGCAUUUCUUUGAUUAUGAAUAUUAUUAAGAUGUAAGAAUACUGUAGUAUCAUAAGUGAAUCAUUCUUCCUUGCUAGGCAUAGAACUUGCUUGUGAUUGAUAAUGGCAAUGUAAAACUUGUAAAAAAUCAAAAUGAUUAAAAAACAUCAAAAAUGAAGAAAAUGAGUACAAAAAAAAAUCUGUUACCAGUCAGAGGCCAAGGUAAAGGACUCUCAUUUCUUUGUGUUUUUAUUUUUUUAUUAGCAAUUUAUCACUGUGUGAUAUUUUGUACAUCAUAUUAAGCUGUAUUCAAACGAUUUCCUCUAACUACAAGGGACAAGAGACCUGCUUUUUAUUAAUUUUGUUUUAUUAUAUAUUUUUGAACUGCAUUCUAGCUUGUAUCAAAUGACUUUCUCUUUUUGUUUACGGGUCCCCUGUUGUAUGUCAUUAAGGAAGAAAAGACAAAAAAUGAAAAUUUUGUACAGUGAA